UACGUACAAUGAUAAUUGAUUAGACAGUGUUCAGCGCUAGCUCCAUGCAAUUUGUGUAUGUGGGACCGAUACACCUGUCAGCGAGUAUUUUGCGUAACAGGGAGUAACACCGAUCAGCAUCAUUCGAACCACUUUUUCUGCCAUUAAUUUCUCGCAAAAUCGGAGACCAACGGUACCCCGUCUGAGAUAAAUACCACAGGAUUAUUGCCAGGCGGAGCAUUGGUGGUGUCAUUUCGGGAAUUUUGCUGGAAAGUUGAUUUGAAGGAGGGGGUUUCGAACGCGAAGAGGAAAAAACAAAAAUGGAUGCGCCCGGGAAACCGAGGUUGUGCUCGUUGGUUCGCGGGUCCGAUGGCUACGGCUUCAAUCUUCAUGGCGAGAAGGGUCAACACGGGCAGUACAUUCGUGCCGUAGAUGAAGGAUCAGCGGCCCAACUAGCCGGCCUAUGCACGGGGGACAGAGUCAUCGAAGUCAAUGGCACCAACAUCGAACGCGAAACACACACACAGGUGGUCUCCCGGAUCAAGGCCGGGGGCAGCUCAACCAUCCUGCUCGUAGUCGACAAAGAACUCGAUAGAUACUGCCGGAACAACAGCAUCACGAUAAAAGCGAGCAUGGCGGAUGGUGGCGUGGGGGAGGAUUCGCCACGUGUGAACGGCGACCAUCUGGAGUCGGAGGGUAUGGUCCCCAUGAACGGGGACGCCAGUGGUAUGGGGGGUCAUGAGGUCAUCGAGGCGAGCAUAGAGGAGCACCAGGAGUCGGCACCAGAAAGGCAGGAGGAGGAGGAGGAAGACGAGCAUCCGUACGCGGAGGUGGAGAGGAGGCAGGAGCAAGAGGAUGAGGAUGAAGUGGAUGAGCAGUUUGCGGCGGUCUUGGCGGGUGCGACGAUAGAGGAUGGAGAGAGGAGAGAAGUAGAGGAGGAUGAUGUCGUCCAGGCAGAGGAGGUGACGAUGGAAGAAAGCGUUCCAGGUCCACCCAUGGAUAGAGAUGAAGAUUCAGACGUUAGCCUUCCGGAGCCAGAACCAGAACCAAUCCUAGAGGCAGCCACCGUUCCUGUCGUGGAAUCUGCCCCACCCGUAGCAGACACAGAGACGGAUUACCCCGGUUACACGGAAGAGCCCGAACCAGAACCAGAGCGAGAACCAACACCAGAACCAGAGAGAGAACCAACACCGGAACCGGUGCGAGAACCAACUCCAGAACCGGUGCGGGAGCCAACACCAGAACCGGUUAGAGAACCAACUCCAGAACCGGUUAGACAACCAACUCCGGAACCUGUUGUUCAUAAACCGACCAGGACUGAAUCAGUACCUCCCUCGAGACCCACUGCCCCGCCUACAUCCAGGCAAGCUAGUCUAAACGUGGACAGCAACAAGUCGAGCAUGGAGAAGGCCCGGAUACUGGCUGCAGGGAGGAAGAAGAAGAAGCAGGCAUCCUCGAAGAACUGGGAGGAUAAAUAUGCAGCGUUUAAUCAGCUAUAAGAAGGUGCUGGGGUGUGGUUUUAAUUGUGCGUUGUAACAGUAUAUACAUGUAUUUCUUCAUGCUUCCAAUUCUUCGGUAUGUGCUCACCACCGACUCUGCCUGCGUCUCCUCCUGAUUAGUCAGGUGAUCAGAGCUGGUCACAUGAUCAUCCAAAGUCACCUGAUCACUACCACCAAUCACAUGAUCAUCCCAAGUCACCUGAUUACUACCACCAAUCACAUGAUCAUCACUGGUCACAUGAUCACUGCUAGUCACCUGAUCUAAUCUCCUCGCCUGGUUAGGGCUUGACCAGCAGCGAAACAACGGAUCAGCUAUGAGAAGAGCGCCAUCUAUUGUCAGCAAACCAGUGUAUAAUGGUACGGGCACACGACAUAUGUGAUUACAAACCAGUACAUAUUAUAUCAAUACUUCUCAGUACUUAAACAAGAUGUACUCUAGUGUGAUUAAAAAAUGUAAAGUUGAUAGAUAUUUUAUGGUAUAUUUUAUCCAAAGAUAUGAAAUAGAUACGUAUAUAGCUACUGAAUAGAUCAUUAUUGUAAUGACUCGGACAUUGGUCCGAACUUGAAAGCUUUUCCAAGGUUUGACUGACCAAGCAACAACUAAUGCAUGGAAUUUGUUUGGGUCAUAAAGGGUGGCCGUUUGAACAGCUAAUGGAAUGAGUUGGUUCUAUUGGAUACCUUUUGCCAAGAAGAAACAUGCAUUGAGUUUUAUUUUUUAUCCGCAACCGUUAAUCUAGCCACAUUUUUAAAUGGAGGUUAACCAGUUCAUAGUGGAAAGUUUUUCUUGCAUGGCCCUUACUGAUAGACAAAGAUUGAAUGCAUCAUGAAUGGUCUUUUAAUAGAUGAAUUAUCAUAGGAUCACAAUACGCUCAAAAUGGCACUUGAUUUCCUCUAGAACUUCUACAAUUUUAGUUGUAAAUUGAGAAUAGUAUGAUCUAUUUCUUAAGCUGUAUAUAUUUUAAGUGUAUGAGUGCAUGCCAUUUCACGAUCACACGUUCACACACAACAUGUGUGCAGUAUUUCAAACAGAUUGUCGGCUAAAAAUUGAUCUUGAAAGCACAUAAAGAUUUAGAUGUGAAAGAAAAACUUCUAAAGCAAAGUUAUAUUGUUUUGCUUCCUCUCAUGUAGCUCGUCAUAAGAUUAUCAUAUAAUAAUUCAUGAGUGGGUUAUCGUCCGCUAGCAGAUAUUUUCGAAACUAGUUUUCAUGUUGCGAGUUGCAUUUUGCAGCUUUUAGCCUUUAUCUCAAGACACUUGAAUUUUGUGACUCAGCACUUGAACUACAGUGUAUUUGAAGUAGUCUCAUAACUUUCUAUGACUUCCAAUUUCUGUUAUGUCAAAACGUGCAUGUACCUUGGAAAAAAAGCAAUGAAAUAAGCACGAUUCUGUGUCAAAAAUAUCAUUCCUUUCAAUUUCACCUCAAGUUUUGUUUGAAAUUAUAGUUUGCUUAGUCUUUCUGCAUCAUUUAUUCACAAAUCUCUGUGUUGGUAUGAUAACGUAAUGUUUAUAUUGCUGUAGUCACACACAUUGUCACAGUGAUUUUUAAUGUUGUUCGAUACCCUUAUUUUGAAAGUGUGUCAAUUCAAAA